GCUUUUGGCGUUGACGGUGUAUGUGCCGACGCUGCAUAAGGAGAUAGAGGGUGAGUACGUGGACAUGCAAGAGCCGGUUCGCAUCCCAGGUUGCAAGCCGAUUCGGGUGGAGGACUUGGUUGACCCAAUGAUGGACCGGAAAGACGACCAGUAUGACUACUAUCUACAUAUAGGAUGCACGAUACCCUUGGCAGAUGCGAUACUGAUAAACACGUGGGAAGACUUGGAACCAACAACACUCAGAGCCCUUCGAGAGGAUCCAAUCCUACGUCGGAUCUUACCCCUUCCGAUUUAUCCGGUGGGCCCAAUAGUGAACUCAUCGGACCCACCUUGUGAACAAUCACGUGCAGAGUGUCUGGUGUGGCUGGAUGAACAAACCGUGGAGUCGGUGAUUUUCGUAUCGUUGGGGAGCGCCGGAACAAUGUCGGAGGAGCAACUCACUGAGUUUGCAUUCGGGUUGGAGCUGAGUGGGAAACGAUUUCUUUGGGUGGUGCGUCCGCCGGCAGGGAAGGAUGGGGCUUACUUCAACGUAUUGGGUGGCGGCACAGACGGAAACGAUGGGCUGUCAAGGUAUCUGCCGGACGGGUUCUUGACUCGGACCCGAGAGGUAGGGUUGGUAGUCCCCAUGUGGGCCCCGCAGGUGGAGGUGUUGAGCCAUCCAUCGAUUGGAGGGUUCUUAUCACAUUGUGGAUGGAAUUCAACGCUGGAAAGCAUAGUGAACGGAGUGCCAAUGAUCGCGUGGCCACUGUAUGCGGAGCAGAAGAUGAAUGCGACGAUGCUGGAGGAGGAAGUAGGGGUGGCGGUGAGAACGAAGGAGUUGCCAACGAAGAGGGUCGUGGGAAGGGAAGAGAUAGAGAAGCUGGUGAGAUUGGUGAUGGAAAAGGAAGGGGAAGGGGAAGCACUGAGGAGAAAAAUGAAGGAAGUGAAGGAGAGUGGGUUGAGAGCGGUGGGUGACGGUGGGUCUUCUCGGAAUUGCCUCUCUCAUGUUGCGCAGCAGUGGGAGAUUGGUUCUGCUAAAGCAAAGGCAGGGGAGGGGAGAACACAAGAGGGAGAGAUCGAUAGAGCUCAUGAGUAUCGAUCUCAUGAGUAG